AUGAGUGGAGUAAACGAAACAACUACUUCGUCUUUGUUGCCGUCGUCGUCGUCGUCGUCGUCAACAUCAACGUCAACGUCAACAACGCUGACCAUUUCGAGCACAACGUCGCAGUCGCAGCGCACAGUUGAGACUCUGCAGGCUACCGAACCUGCUUCGACCACUGGCAAGAGUGAAGAGCCAAACUAUGAAUUGAUCAAUAGAUUAAAUGAAGAUAUAUUUAACGAAAACAGGUUGGAUGCAGCUUCUGCUUACUAUUCGUAUUAUGGAUUCCCCGUAGUGUUACGGAUCCACAGUUUAAACAAGAAGAACGAAAAGAAGUUGCGCGGGAUCGUUUCGAGUUUUCCCAAGUUGCAAUUGAAUGAAGAGCCACUUCGAGGAGACGAGGUUCGGGGCAAGUACUUUAGCGUGCUGUUCAAGUGCAAAUCGAGCUUGGACGAGUUGAUCUAUGCCUUGUUUGAAAAGGGGAUCAAGUUUGAGCUCGACUACGGCAAGUUUGUAUCCCACCCAGGGGUAUUGUUUAUCAAGAAUUUGACUAGCGACUUGGUCUUUGGCCAAUCUUCACAACAAGAACUGGUUGAUUUCGUCACCAUUAAAACUGAAGAUGAAGAAAAUGCAACAAAGAAUAAGUUGUUUGAGUUUUUGUGGGAGAACUGCCAUUUCAAGUCCUUGGUUGAAGUUAAGCUCUUCCGAAAUGAUUCGGGAGUCAACCGUCACUCUGGAAGUGAACCGUCAUCAUCCUCAAGUUCCUCAUCUUCCUCAUCUUCCUCAUCUUCAUCUUCAUCUUCAUCUGCAUCUUCACCACCGCCGCACCAUUCCUCGGCGUUUGCCAUUGUCAAGUUUUCAAACUACUUGGAUGUUGACUUACUCAUUGACAAAUUCAACAAGAUGGUCCCCAAUAAGUUCAAUACUAACCCCAACACGCCAUUAUUUCUCAAUAGGUACUUAAACAAGAGGGAACGGCUGGCGUCGGUGCAAGCAUUGCACGCAAGUGGUGGUGCUGCCGCUGCUGCCGUUUCUGGUGGUGCCGCUGCACCUUUUCUUAACCCCACAUUCCGCCAUGCCGCAGCCACCAAGUCACUGCAAGAGUCUAUGUCAAUAUUUGCCCAAAGGGGUGGUCAUCAUGCCAACCUGGGACCAAUGGCCAAUUCAACCACUACAAUGGAACAUUUCUCUCAAAUUAUAGUGCAAAACUUGACCAAUUUCUUCCCCGUGCAAGAUAAACACACGCUGAAGUUUGAAUUUGAAAAAUUCAUCGACAAGUUCAAGAGAUUUGAUAACGUUAUCGACUCAAUUUACUUUCCCAUUUGCAUCGACAAGAAUGACCAGCAUGCGCAUGGCAGCUGUCCACCGAUGACGGCGGGGCAAAACUUCAAGAUUAUGGACUUUGGGUACAUCAGAUUCAAGCCCAAUGUGAAACUCGCGGAGAAUACAUUGAGAAUAUUGUAUUAUUUGAAUGGAUUGAACUGGGAAGAGUACAAGAAAUUGGAUACCAAGAAUUUGCCUUCUUUGAUGGACCAAGUGGAGGUCGAUGAGGAUGAUGAAGCACCAAAAAGCGAUAGGUUGAGUAUUACCAUUGCACAACACAAGCACAAUUUUGAACUAUUCGCCCUGGCUAACCUGUGCUAUUUGACUUAUAACACGUUAAACAUCUCCCCCGCAACCGCCACGAAUAAAGCGCCCACGUUAUCCGUGAUCAAUAUCAACUAUCCCAACCCGUUAUACACCAUCAAUACGUUUAUACGAUGCGUCAAUUACCAAGAAACUAACUUGUAUGUCAACAACUUGCCCCACAUUUUCCAAAAUGACGACGUUAGCUGGGAAACUUUUUGGAAGCAGUUUGGCGCUAUCAAGUCAGCCAAGAUCAUCAAGCCUCAGUUUUACGCUAACCAGAAUAAAGAAGAUGAGACUGAUGCGGUGGAUGUCGACGUUGGCGAAGAAGAACCUAAAAACAAUGGACGCAUUGGGUUCAUUUUUUACAAGACGUUUAAGAUGUCGAUCCGGGCGAUCUUGAUGACAAACAAUAAAUUGGUUCACGUUUCAAAUAACAACCCCGUUGUUGUUCAAUCUAGUUUUGCAAUUCAGAAAUCUAACCCCAAGACUAGCACCACCGUUGUGCCUCAGUAUAUCCCUCAACCAGCACCACCCCCACCACAGCUACAACUACACCAACAACAACAUCAACAGCAACAGCAACAGCAACACCAUCAACACCAGAUACAGCUACAACAGCAGCAACAGCAACACCAUCAACACCAGAUACAGCUUCAACAGCAGCAACAGCGGCAGCAUAGAGUCGGUGCGCCCCAUGCUCACCAGAUUGCCGCUAUGCAUUAUCCCACCCACACUCAAAAUUUUGCAUCCAUUCCCAUUUCAUCGCCUACGAAAGCCAAAGCUACUUCACCCACGGCAGGUUACUACACUUAUCAGCCAAUGAUGUCGUAUUACUACGGGUAUCCUGCUACUCCCUAUAUGUACGGCGCCUCCUCAGCAAAUUCGUCUCCCGUGGCGAUCAACAUGGGGUUGCGCUCAAGCGGGAAGAAUGUCAUGGGUGGCUACUAUUACGAUGGUGAAGACCCGCAGGAUGAUAAACGUGCUGGUGGUGGACAUGGCGGAGUGGCGUCUUCCAAGAUGCUGAUGCUGAGCAGUGGCAUCUUUGUGCCUCUGGGUGGUGUUGGAGGCAGAGGAGAAGGGUAUUCUUAUUCUUAA